CUUAGCAAUAACUACAUCUGUAGAGUUUUUGUCUCUUUGAGUAAGUGUUACUUUUAUUAGAGAAAAAGACGUUAAAGUAAAUCACGGUUACAAAAAAGCAGUUUCCGCUGCUAAAUUAGAGAUAUGUUAGCAAUAAUGUCGGGUUUAUAACGUGAGCUAACUAGCACAUCGUGUUGCUGCAACGUUAACUUUCGUCUGACAGACCCUAUGCUCUAAAUGCAUAUGCGAUGAUUUAAAGUUAGUUAAAUAAGAUAAGACGUGUUGUCCCAGUAUACGUUACCAUGGAUCGAUACAACGAUGUAAAAAUUCAGCUGAAAACCUGGGAGCAGGGGUUUGUCACAGACCACCAGAGGAAACCAAACAAGGAGGACAUUGAUCAAGCUGCAGAUGAGACCAGGAACCUGUAUAAAGAGUACCGCAGUUUGAAACAAGCCAAAGACAACAGCAGCAGUGAUGCAGCCAGCGGACACGUUGAACAGGCCAGAUCUACAGCUGCGGUCAACACACCACAGAAGGACUGUUGGGGAUCCCAUCUGAACCGCAGUUCACAGCCUGCACCUUCUCCCAAACUGACAGCCGAGGAGAGAGACAAUCUGCAGGCCUCUGCCCAAUACUAUGGCAUGAAACUGAAAAACAACAUGGGGACACUCGGUAAGGAGAGACCUGUCUCACUGAAGAAAUCGUUCCUUCCUGGUCGGGUGCCUCUUAACUCCCUGAAAGAUGGACUAACUGGACAGACGAACAGCCCUGUUGCGACCCCUGUGAAGAACCCUUUCAACGGACCCAGAUCCAGCCCCUUCACACCAAGAAGAUUUAACACACCCCAGGGCCUGGCUUCAAAGACACCCCAGAAGGCGGAGCCUGAAGAGCCGUGUGAACCCUUUGAAUCCGUCAAAGAUUCUUGUGAAAAACCUGCAAGUGCUGCUAUUAGUUAUAGUAGUCCUAGUGUUCUAAGUAGUAAGAGUUGUACUAGUAAAGUUAUUAGUUCACAAAAUCAGAAUAUCUCUCAUCUAGCUCCCUCUCCAGCCAGAUCUGCUUCACUGUUGUCAUCAUUAUCUUCUCCAAGUAGGCUAGGAACUUUAAGAGGAGACGUAGGAGCCACGGGCAAAUUAAAUGAAAGUAUAGGAGCUUUAGGAGACAAAGAAGAACAUGUGGACAAUUUCAGAACUCCUCAUAAGGUUGAUGAUGAGGCAGGUGUUGGAGCUUUGAUCAGCUUGAGGGGAGGCCCUCAGGUUAUUGCUGGCUUCAGAGGAGGAAUGGCAGGGAAGCCCUCUCCUGCUAGCAGAUUGAGUUUUGUUGACAAGAAGUGGCUGGAGAGGUGUCAGGUGUUCGGAGAGAUGGGGGCUGAGGUGAAGCCUGGAGCAGGCAACGUGGAGAUAGAUGUGGAGAAAAGAGGAGAGUGUGAAGAGGGAAGAGAAACAACAUUUAAAACAGAUGAAGAGGAGAAAUCUGGAAAAGAAGAAAUACACGUAGCCGAAGAAAGAAGAGCAGCAAAAGUCUCGGGAGAAGUUAAAGAGCCUAAGAGCAUUACCCAUGACAAAACAGUGAGUGAAAGUGAACCAGAACCUUCUCUACAACACACUGGAAAAAGCCAUCAAAGGAAAAGGAAAGGGAAAGCAAAAGAGAAGGAAGAUAUUGAGGAGAUGGAAAGAGGACCGACACCACCUUUAACGCCAGAAGAGGACAAUGAGGAGAGUAACAAAUCCAAAGGUGGAAAGAAGAAAGGGAAGAAAAGGCAGAGAGAGGCAGAGCACAUGGACGCAGAGGCGCCAGAGGAGGGAGGAGUGAAGAAGAGGCGGAGGAAUGGUAAGAAGAAAGAGGAGAGCUCUGAUGGAAAGCCCAGCACAGCUCCACAAGGAGGGAGGAAAAAGAGAUCCAAGAAAAAAGGAGAUGAAGACGAGGAGGCAGAAGAAGAGAAAAAAACCAAGGAACCAACAAAGCUUCCUCAAGAGAACUUGUUAGGAGAAAUAGAGGAGGACUAUAAAGCCAGGAAGGCGUAUAAAACUCAGCCUGCCAAAGUCAAAGGCAUGAAAGGGGCAGAGGGUAACUUUGUGAAGAUAAAUCUGAAGAAGAAAUCCCAUGUCAAAGGAUACGCUCUCAGAGGUGCUGGUCUACGCAAACAGAUAUACAUGGAGAAGUUCCAGCUGAAGGGCGAACGCUUCGGUGGACAUGGAUUUCUUAGCAGAGGAGGAGGGGGUGGUUUCAGAGGGGGAGGACACAGAGGAGGUUUCAGAGGGGGGAUGAGUCAGUCGGGGGACACCUGCUACAAGUGUGGAGGGACGGGACACUGGGCCAUCCACUGCAAGGGACCAGCCCCCCCCCCUUCUGCUGCCGAGGACCAGGCCGCUGAGGAGGAGCCGUUUGACCUGCCCACCUUAGAGGAGGUUGCCAGGGCAACAGGCACACUGCAACCUCAGCCGAUGGCAGCGUCUUCCAGUGCAGCAGAGGAGCAGCCGUCCCAGGAUAAGCAGGGUGACGGUAACACUAAAGACGAGGUGUUGCUGAACGUGAUUCGUCCUGACUAUGAGUGUCCCGUUGUUCCACCUCCAAUGGAACCAAUGUUUCCUCUCACAGAUGAUGGGAAAGUCCAGGAAGCGCCUCCUGAGCUGUAUGAAGCCCUGAAAGAACUCGGCUAUCGGUCAUUUAGACCCGGACAAGCGGAAGCUAUCAUGAGGAUCCUGUCAGGUCUCUCUACCCUGGUAGUGUUGUCAACAGGAAUGGGUAAAUCGUUGUGCUAUCAGCUCCCAGCCUACAUGUAUGCUAAGCGAUCGAAUAGCAUCACUUUGGUCAUUUCCCCUCUAGUCUCACUAAUGGAUGACCAGGUGUCUGGCCUGCCAGCCAAUCUGAAGGCAGCCUGUAUUCACUCCAACAUGAGCAAGAAACAGAGAGAAGCUGCGAUAGAAAAGUGGAUGAUGCCGCGGACAUCAGACUUAUCCAGGCCCAUGCCAAACGCCACAGUGGCCACCACAAGUCGGAGCUCCCCGCACAUGAAGUUGUUCUGGACGCGACGGCGCUCUGAAGAAGACAAGCCGGCAUGGAUCACCCCUUGCAGGCAGGUCCUGAGCAGCGCUGAAAUGCGAGUGGUCUCCUCUCUUCGAGUACAACAGGUGCAGGUUCGGAGGCACUGCCGCAGAUCGGACUGCGAUGCCGUCUUUAUCGUUGAUGUCCAGAUGUCGUGCGAUGUCCAUAGCAGUGGAAAGUGUGGCCGUAGCUGUUUAGAAACGCUGCUCUGCUAUCUGGAGCUGCACCCCCAGCGCUUUGUGGAGCUGCUCCACCCCACUCUGUCUGUGUGUAAAAUCGGCUGCUAUAGUGGACCCAAACAACUCCAGAAACUCACCAAAAUUUGCCCUCCCAUUGCUGUGGUGUUGGCCAGAAGGCGGAUGGCGGGCGAGCGAGUGGAGACGUGUGAUCAGCUGGAGUUCGAUGUCGUUGAGGUUGCAGACACUAUGGGAUGGCAGCUAUCUCUUGUGAAGAGAGGACUCCGACAGCUGCAGUGGUCCUCUGUUGGAGGCCGUAGCGGUGUCAGCGUUGAAUUGUCUUCCAUAUCGUUCUACUUCCGAUCCUUUGGCGACCUCAGCGACGAGGAGAUGGACAGAGUGUGUCAGUUCCUCUAUAAUCGAGUCCAGAACCAGGAGAAAACGCAGAUCUACCAGCUCACCUCCUCCUUCAAGGCCUUCAAAAGUGUUGCAUUUCCGAGUGCAUCGUCCUGUGUCGACGACUUGGAUGAGAGUCGCAGUCUGAGGCUGAAAGACCUUCUGUCCGAUUACUUCGACAAGAGGCGGGACCUAAGCCAGAUGCUCGCACCGGUGUACAUCGAGGAGCUCGACAAAUAUAAGUUUUCAGACUGGGAGAAUCAGAUCAGAGCGGACAUCAGAAGUUUUCUCUCCAACCGGAGUGAUGAGAAGUUUUCUGGAAGAGCUGUUGCUAGAAUCCUCCACGGCAUAGGCAGCCCUUGUUUUCCUGCUCAGAUCUACGGCAGGGACCGGCGCUACUGGAGGAAGUACAUCCAGUUUGACUUCAACCAGCUUAUCAGACUGGCCACUCAGGAGAUCAUUCACUUCAAGUGAGAGACCAAAUGUGCACACACAGACACAGGUGUGCACAUACACAGGUGUGCAUCAAUCACUUACUCACUCACUUACGAGGUCGGGUUUCAAUAGAUUUGGCCAGAAACACCUGUUUUAUAUAUAAUAUCACGUUUAUACCAUCAUGUUGAAUUAAUUUAUCUGCUGUGUUUUCUAAAAUGUUUAGUUUUUAUACGUAUGUGAAGUAUAAAUGAAAAAGAAAAUGAAGUGUUCUGUAAUAAAAUAUUUGUAUCUUUCUA